AAACCCGGCCCAUUGAUGGCCCAAGAAAAAGCCCAAUCAAUUGAGUAUUUCUUCUUCCCGCCAAACCCUUCUUUUCUCCCGCUAAAAAACCCCGCGAAAUCCUUUCAUAUAUAUAAUCUCAUCUUUUUCGACCCAAAAAAAAAAAAAAAAAAUCUCAGACACUUCAAACCCUUCUCCAAAAGCUUAGCUGAAAGCAACAAUGGAGAUUAACCCAACUUCGAAGAAGAGGAAUACGCCUUUCUCCUCCUUGAUCAACACUGCCGUUGGCUUCUUAACCAGAAGCAAUAACGGACUCUCCAAUAAUGGUGCUCGCCCAAGUGAGCCAGAAGAAGUAACACGCAAGCUAAAAAGACCCAGAUCGGCUCUUUCUGAUGAUUGUGACGACGUGAUCUUGAAAGAUCUGGUUAAGGAUCUCCGAUCUAGGAGAGUUUUCUCGCCUAAUUCGGUGAUUAUUGGUAGGAAAUUGGAAGCUGAGUUCGAUUGUGAGUUUUUGGAUGAGGGUGAUUUGAAGAAGGUCAAGAAUGCGGAAGUUGUACGGAUUACUUCUGUGGUUGAAGAAAAGAUUGCGAAUGGAAGUUCUGAGAUUAUCGGCUCUGAUUUGAAGACCAAUGUGGGAGAUUCGAAUACGGAAGCUGCUCCUGAGAACGGAUUGGUGAAACCCUUGAAUGGGAAUUCUCAGAAUAUCGACUCUGAUUCAAAGACCAAAAUGGGAGAUUUGAAUACGGAAGUUGUACGGACAACUUCUCUUGAGAACGGAUUGGAGAAACCUAUAAAUGGAAAUUCUCAGAUUAUCCAUUCUGAUUUAAAGACUAAAGUGAUUAUUAAACCAUGUUCUCGACGGAAAGUGUUUAAAACUCCAGGCUCGGUCAGCUACGGGAGAAUGUUACCAUAUUUGAUGGACAUUACUAAAGAGGAGUCAUGCGAGCUUCAGAUUGAUCAGCGCCCUAAACUUGAGAAGGGUUUUGAAGAAAAGAAACUGCAAAUUACACAGGCUCCCCAAAGUGAAGAAAUUUCUAAAGAUAUUGCUGAAGAAAUGGAAGUGUCAGUGGAAAAGACUGUGCCUGAUUGUGCCCUUGAGUCUUGCGAUUUGGGAGUUUCUUGUAAUGGUCAGACCUUCACCAAUAAGGAUUGUCAUGUGCCGGUUGUAAAUGAUAAUAUUAUUUUGACAUCUUCUGAUGAUCCUAAGCUGGAAGAUGGAGUCAUCGAAACUGAUGGAAACAUUUCGAACGUUAAUUCAUCUCUUACUGUUGAAGUCUCUAGUUCUGGAACAGAUAAUGUACUUGGUCAGUAUUCUGAGGAUUUAAGACAACUUGCUAAUGAAGGGGUAGAAACUCUUGAUGUGGUUCAAGUUUCUAAGGAUCAGAAGCUGACUCAGUUGAAUGAUCAAAGAGGUAGAGAUGAUGGUGGGGUUGCAAAUCAACUCGGGCAUUUGAAAGAAGAAUCUAUGCAGAUGACACCUCCAGAUGCUGAUAUUUUUGGUAAAACAGAAGUUCAAGGAAACGUAGCUAAUAGAGAUGAUUGUAAUCGGCAGAGCAAGGAGAACUGUCUUAAGAAGCUAUCUGAAGAAAUAAACCAUAGAAAUGGCAGUAUGGAUUAUAAUUCAAGACAGAACUCCAAAUGCAGAGGGGUUUUAAAGCCACGUUCGCAAUUGAAGCUAUUCAAGAGUCCAGGUUCAUUCAGCUACGGGAGAAUGCUUCCUUUCAUUAUGGAUAUCGCUAAAGAUAAUUCUGAUGCUUUCGGAAAUGGCUAUUCCACAAAACCAGAGAAAGACUUGGAACAGCCAUCAAUUGCUUCUGACAAUGAAAGAACACUUCCAGCUAAAUCAAGAGGUUUGGAAUGUAAAGAGAAUCAGAAAGUUGAUUCUGAUGCUCCACCACUGAAUGUACAGCCAACGAUUGCUUCUGACAAUCAAGAAAAGCUUUUGGAUAAGUCAAAUGGUUUGGAAUGUAAAGAGAAUAACAAUGUUGAUUCUGCUCCUCCAUCACUGGCAAUACUAAGUUCUGUCAAUGAUUCAUCCAAUGAUGAACCAAAUCUGACGCCUCCCAUAUGCAGUUCUGUUUUGAAUGUAGAUGAGAUUAUAUCGAACGUACUGAGUGAAAUCGAAACAUCCCCUGACCAUCAAAGUUCACCACAGGAUACAACAAGCCAGCAAGUUGAAUCAUCAUGCACCAGUAAUUGUUCGUCUUCAUCAAGAGAUGAACUUGAAAUGUCAAACUCUAAUCAGUUAUCAGUGGUUGAAACCGAAUGUAACUCACCGAAGUUGGGUAUGGCUGUAAAAUCAGUGGAGACAAAUAGCCCUAGCUAUAACACUCCAUCACCAUAUCAAGUUGGACUCAAAAAAGGAAUUCUCAAAAGAAAUCCACGAGGCUGCAGAGGGCUUUGUACUUGUUUGAACUGUGCUUCAUUUAGAUUACACGCAGAGAGAGCAUUCGAAUUCUCCAAGAAUCAAAUGGAAGAUACACAAGAAGUGGUCUUGGAUUUAGUUAAAGAACUAUCAAACUUGCGAAAAGUAUUAGAGGAAUCUGCUAACAUUGCUGAUGAUGAUCAGAUUGUUGUUCAAGCUAGUCAAGCAAAAGAAGCCUGCAAGAAAGCAGCUGAAGCAGAACAACUUGCCCAAAACCGCCUUACUGAAAUGAACUAUGAUCUCAACAUUCACUGCAGGAUAACUAGCUUGGAAAGGCCAAGAGUUAAAUUCGCCGAAGCCAAGGCACAGUUUCCCAUUGAGCAAGUAUUGAAACUUGAGCAUUAAGAAACAUAAACUAGGUAACUUUAGCUGGCUGUGCAUUGAUUAAGCCAAAUUUAUUCAUGUACAUUUUGAGAAUGUGAAAUCUUUUUGAUAUUUAGAGGAAAUCUUGGUUAUGGUGGAUUCUACAUUUUGUUCAAGAACCUAAAAAGUAGAAACUUUCUAGUUUAUUAAAGAAAAGGAAAAGCCUAAUAUGGUGUAAUGGUUUAAAAUAGUUACCUUUGCUUUUGGUGUUUUAGGUACUUUUUGACUAUUGUGUUAUAUAAUUUGUUCAAAAUGUGUAAUGUAAAUUUGGGGAAGUGCUUCAAAUGUUAAUUCUCUAUAAGGUUUUUCAUUUUUUUUUAUUCCUCUAAAAAAAUCAGAGGAAAUUACUCAAUUAAAUUUUAUUUUAAUUUGUA